AGGAGGAGGUGUUCCUGGUAGCCAUCUUGGAUUUGCGGAGUGAUUGUUUAGCGAGAAGAAUUGACAAUUUUUAAAAAAUAAGCUUGUUUAAUAAACCGCUGAGGAAUAAUCGGAGUGUAGCAACUGAGAAACUCAAUCUGAACUUGGAAAAACCCAGUGAGAGAAGGCAUGAAGACAUCAUCUUAGUCAUCAGUCAUGGCCGAUAAAAGGAAACUUCAAGGUGAAAUAGAUCGAUGUCUGAAAAAAGUAGCGGAGGGGGUUGAGCAGUUUGAAGACAUUUGGCAAAAGCUUCACAAUGCAGCUAAUGCUAACCAGAAGGAGAAAUAUGAAGCAGACCUCAAGAAAGAGAUCAAAAAGCUACAGCGACUUCGAGACCAGAUCAAGACUUGGGUGGCAUCCAAUGAAAUCAAAGACAAGAGGCAGCUAGUAGAAAACCGCAAACUCAUAGAAACGCAAAUGGAGAGGUUUAAAAUAGUGGAACGAGAAACCAAGACAAAAGCUUAUUCUAAAGAAGGGCUCGGUCUGGCCCAGAAAGUGGACCCGGCGCAGAGGGAGAAGGAGGAGGUCGGCACAUGGCUAACGAACACGAUAGACAUGUUGAACAUGCAGGUGGACCAGUUUGAGAGCGAAGUGGAGUCUCUCUCCGUCCAGACGAGAAAGAAGAAAGGAGACAAGGAGAAGCAGGACCGGAUCGAGGAGCUGAAAAAGUUCAUCGAGAAGCAUCGGUACCACAUCCGGAUGCUGGAGACGAUACUGAGGAUGCUGGACAACGACUCUGUACAGGUCGAUGCCAUCAAGAAGAUCAAGGAUGAUGUAGAGUACUACAUCGACUCAUCGCAGGACCCAGACUUUGAAGAGAACGAGUUCCUCUACGAUGACCUGGACCUGGAUGACAUUCCUCAGUCGCUGGUCGCCACCUCUCCGCCGGGGCACUCGCACCUGGAGGACGAGAUCUUCCAGAACUCCAGCAGCACACCCACCUCCACCACCUCGUCCUCCCCCAUCCCCCCUUCACCUGCCACUUGCACUACAGAGAACUCAGAAGAUGACAAGAAGAGAGGACGAUCAACAGACAGUGAAGUCAGCCAGUCGCCUGUAAAAAAUGGAAAUCCCUCCUCUUCGUUGUCUUCCUCUUCCUCGUCGUCCUCCUCCUCCUGCUCUUCUUCUUCCUCUUCCGUCUCGGGUUUGACCUCCUCCUCCUCCCUGGUCUCUAUGGCGACCAUCACUGGUGGAGGAAGCGGCGGGUCUGGGGGAAACAUUCACCACAGCAGCAUUUCCAACACUUCAGCUGGCAGCUACAGCAACGCCACCCAGCAGCCGCCUCAUCCGUCGACGCAGCAGCAGGCCAAAAACUUAGUGAGCUCUUUAGCUCCUAUCUCCAACUCCAGCGCGACCACCAACAGCCACGUCACCUCCUUGGCGUCCUCGCCGCCCGACGCCAUCACGCAGGGGCUUUUCACGUCGAACUCCCAGCCUCUGGCUCCUUCGGGACUGACGUCGACCUCCAACAGCCUGGGCCUCAGUCUGGGGCUGUCUCUGGGAAAAGGUGGAAUGUCGAGCUCCAUCACAAACAGCUCGUUGUCGGGGGGCCUCGGCCUGUCAGGGAUGCCGGCAUCUCUGAGCACGAUGGCGAGCCUUCUGUCCAGCUCCACCCCAACCCCCUACGCCCAGGCGGCCGCCUCAGGCACGGGCAGCUCAGGCCUACUGGGCUCUCUCGGAGGCGUCAGCACCACGCCGACCAACAACGCGAUCGGCCCCAUCGGCAGCGGGAGCAUCGCCGUCGGCGGGCCGACGUCCUCAACAGGAGGCAUGCUCAACGCAGCUCCCGGAGUGGGCAGCGUCGGCUCCGGGAUUCUGGGUCUGGGUUCGGGCCAGUCAGGAGUCCAGGGGUCUUCCUUGGUGUCGCAGAGCCCUGUGGGAAGUUUAGCCCCAGGAAGCGGAGUGGGAGUUAUCGGGAGCAACGGAGGCAGCUUAGGACUGGUGGGGAGCGGAGUCGGGGGAGGAAACUCAUCACUGUCUGUCCGACCGCCGAGCCAACAGAAGCAGAACGGUAGCACCAGUUACAGUGCUGUAGUAGCAGACAGCACAACAGACUCCGCCCUUAGCAGUGCCACCCAAUCACAAAGCAGCCAAUCCUCAUCCCUGACUUCUACAGCCAAUCACUUUAAGGACAUGGGUCCCGGUCUACUGGGCUCUCUGACGUUGUCGUCCAGCUCCCCUUCGCCCGCCUCCUUCAGCGAGGCGAAAACCGUGAGCCUGCUGAACGGGCCGCUGUCCUACUCUCAGUCAUCUGAUAGCAUCAAGGAGCCUCUGAGCAGCCUCAAGUCCAUGGCCGAGCAAGCAGCACUCACCUCAGGGAUCGAGGGAGACGUGGCCUCCCUGCACCUUACUUCAGACAUCUUCCCCAGCAGCACUACGGCCUCAUCAGGCCCCCCAUCAGCACCUCAGCCCUCGCUGUCAGAGGUCAGCAUCCUCCUGUCCCUGGGGGUGUGUCCGCUGGGGCCAGUUCCCCUUUCCAAAGACCAGCUCUACCAACAGGCCAUGCAGGAGGCAGUGUGGACGCACAUGCCUCACCCGUCUGACUCCGAGAGGAUCAGGCAGUACCUUAUGAGGAACCCGAGCCCCACCCCACCUUUCCACCACCAGGUGCCACCACCCCACUCAGACACUGUAGAAUUUUACCAGAGGCUUUCCACGGAGACCCUGUUCUUCAUUUUUUACUACCUGGAGGGCACUAAGGCCCAGUAUCUGGCAGCCAAAGCCCUGAAGAAGCAGUCCUGGAGGUUUCACACUAAAUACAUGAUGUGGUUCCAGAGGCACGAAGAGCCCAAGACCAUCACCGAUGAGUUCGAGCAGGGAACGUACAUUUACUUCGACUAUGAGAAGUGGGGCCAGAGGAAGAAGGAGGGCUUCACGUUUGAGUAUCGGUACCUGGAGGACCGGGACCUCCAGUGACUUGCACACAGACGGACGGAGCUUAGGAACAGACCGAUGAACAAAUGAAGACGAGAGAUCCGCCUGCUGACAUUCCUGGACUUGAGCUCAAUCCCUCUAGAGGAAGAAGACCGGAGUGUCGGAGUGGGAGUAACUGACUUCCCUGGAAACCCCGCCUUACCUUCCACAGCUCAGCAUCGACAUCUCCAUCUCCUCCAUCAUCACUUCCUGUUUUUAUUUUUUAUUUUUUACGUCCUUUAUUGUCAACCAGACACAAAACCACACCGAAUAACCAGUCGAUUCCGCGUCUCCCACCCGGGUUUUCCCUUUUUCUAUUAUUUGCGAUUCCAGCUCCUUCGGGACCAAAGAGCUUUGGUGAAUCCGCGUUUCGGGCAUGCCGUUAUUAUGAAGGUAAAUAAGUUUUAAAAAUGUGGUUUUUUUCCACACAAAUACUUUCUAUUUCCCUUCGUAUUAAACAGCAGGACAGGAAACCAGAAAUGAACAGGAAACAAAAGCCGAACACAGAAACGGUACACACAUGUCUAAUGUUGUGAAUCUGGCCUGAUUCCUUCUGUCAUUGAGCAGAAUUUCAUCUCCAAAAUGUUCCGGAGUCAUGCUAACCGACGUGUGGACGUCACACGUACUUAAAACUUCUGUCUGGUACAUUUCACCUUUUCUCAGAUCAGAAACAGUAGCUGAAUGAGAAUCUGUCAUCCUGUCCUGCUGCGGCGGCGUUGAGAGUUAGCUCUCGCCUCCACCUCCCCGUUAACACUACCACCAGCUCAGUAUGAGUACAUGUUUGUUGUAGGUGGCGCCGCUUGCUCCUACCUGUCUUUCAGUGGUCCUGUGGUAAAAUUCAUGUUGCAAUUCCAACGGAUCUAAAAAUGUCCCGCCCCGCCUACUCCCAUCGAGCUGCGGCGGAGGAGCGUGACAACCAGCCAGCUGACUUUUUACCUUCUGGGCAGCGUUAUGUCACAAUUUUCAACCUGUUUUACAGAAAUAGGUUCAAACUUUUGCUUUUUUUUGUGUGUGUCUGUUCGGAUCUAGUCGUGUGGGACGUUUUAGUGGUGCUUUGAGGUAUUUCUGCCCCAUCCCAACAUGGUGGAGGUGAAUGAAACGUAUUACUCAUCAGGAUCAGGAUGCUGUUGUAAAAAGCAGCAUGCUAGUCCACAGGUGCUGCUCUCGAUGCUCUGAUCUCCUCUGCCGUGUUAGGUUAAAGGUAGAAGUACGGUGGCUGAGAAGGCUCAGGAGGAUUGCAAAGAUGCACCAAAAACAAGCAAAUGAACCCAGUUUGCUGCAACUUCCCACGGCGCGUACCAAUCCGAAACACCAUUUUGUUAUUUGUUGCAUUUAUUUCUCCAAAAUUAUUGUCCUGAACUUGUUUUAUUGUUGAGUUAAAUCAUCGAAUCCUGAUUCUUAAAUGCAUCGGUGCUAAGAUUUAAACAUUUCUAAGAAAAAUAAAUGAAAGUUAUCAGAUUUAACAAAAGCUUAUUAAAAGCUGCUUUUUGUCCAGUUGGAUCAAAAGUAUGGUCAUCAGGAUCAGACUUCCUGGAGUGGAUUUGUGUGGUUAAGCAACAUCAGUGCAUUUCUUUGUUGUGGUGUUUUGCAGCGCCGGUGAUUGUUUGUGUCUCAGCUCUUGAGUUGCAGAUCAGCUGGCAGAUGCGGGGCGUUAUUUUGGUUUAUCUCGUUCAGAUAACUUUUUUACCACCUUAGUGGCCAAACGGCUCACGUCUGAUGGAAGAGAGAGAAAAAUAAAUAAAACAGCUACUUUAUGAAAACCUCGCGGCUCAAACUGCGGAUACAGAACUCGUUUUCCCGACUAGAUCCAGCUCUAACGUGCAGAAAGCUCCUGGAGUGAUGAGUGCGAGCGUCGUCGGUGUUGGAUGCUGGACGGACUGCCAGCCUACCUUCCUUCCUCCCUUCACUCCUCCUCCUCCUCCUCUUGGUGCCGAAGAGCACAACACCAGCACAGCUGCCCACUCCUCUUCCAUCCUCCAGCUUUCAUGUUUACACUGAAGGAUUCAACCAGCCCCCCCACACACACAUACACACACACACACCUAACAGCCGAACGCAUCUGAAACGAUUCCCUCUUCCGCUCCUCCCAUCCCAGCCACACCGCCAUCCUUCCUUUUUCUCUUCACACCAGGUAGAAAUUUCCUUUAUUUCUCAGGAAGCAUUCGAUUUAUCAUUUUUACGAGGAAAUGUGUCCGCCAGCAGCUCCCGUCACCACAGCACAACAAGCGAGUAACUCGUACCACCAUUUUAACUCUUGGUCUCUUUUGGAAAAAGUUCCUUUUUCUUUAUAUGACAGCGACUCUUUUCAUUUCAAAACAGCUUUUUUUUUUUGAGAAAAAAUAUAAAUAUCCUCCAAUGUUUGGAGUAGCUGCUGGAAAAGAGACCAUCUUUAUAUUUUCUAUUUGUUGUGGUUGAUUGUAUAUUCCUUAUUUUUGUUUGUUCCCAGAAAAAUCGUUUUAAAUCCCAGAGGAGAACAAGGAUCUGCUCUUUUUAAACAUCCCGAGUUUGAGGUGUUUUUAUAGCCAAACACAGACGCGACAACUCCACGUGUAUUCACUUGACUGACAGUCUUGCUUUGAACGUUUUUGUUUACUUAUUUUUGACAUGCGAGCGGGACGAGAGGUCGACCAGAGGGCCGAAACGUGAAUCUCUCCCCACUCCUUGUCAGAAGUGUUGCAUAGACUCUCAAUCUUUAAAACCUCUCCUUUUUACUUUUUUGUUUUGUUUUAUUUUUCUGUUUGCUGUUGUCGUCGGACAUCAUGGAAUAAUAACACUUGCAAAGUGGCGCUGAGAAAAAGUAAAAGAUGACAUAACCGUGAUUAAAGGAUUGUAAAAUAUUAAUAAAAGAGUUACUUUUCAGAAAA